UCCGCCUCCCAAGUAUCCCUCCUGUGAUUGGCUCUCUGUCAUUGUUGGACCCUUUUCAUUGGUUUCUUGUGGCGUUAUUUUGACAAUUCACUUCCGGAGAGUGCUCACGAGCUGCUGUGGCGCGUGAGGGGGCUGUCAACACAUCACACAGGGCACGAUGGCUGACGCUGCCGACACUACAGCUGCAGUGAGCAGCACACCUCCUGGGAAAGAGGAGCAGGGAGGAGGAGAAGGUGGAGGAGGCUCAGACAGGGAGGCAGGAGGUGCUCUGACUGAUGCCCAGACGGAGGUUUUGGAGAAAUGCCUUCAUGCACUCAGACAUGCUAAAAACGACAGUCACACUUUGGCUGCUCUUCUGCUGAUAACUCGCUUGUGCCCGGCAAGCCAGCUAGACAAACCCACCUUGAGGCGCAUCUUCGAGGCCGUUGGCCUGAACCUUCCAGCUCGACUUUUGGUGACAGCAGUCAGAGGGCACGACAACUCGGGUUUACCCCCACACGAACUUCUGUCUCUAGGCACAGCUCUGUUGGCUGCCCUGAGUACCGACCCAGACAUGGCCUCCCAUCCCCAGCUCCUCACCACCAUCCCACUCCUGCUGGGCAUUAUAGCAAAUGGUCCUGCGAUCCAACAGAGAGAGGCAGCACAGGAACAGAAGCAAGAGGGAGAGAUGGGACAGAGUCUGGAUUGUAAAACCCAAUCAACUGAAGGUGUAAACACAGACAGUAAUUCUGCCAGUGUGACAAAAUCCACAGGAGAGGUCAAAACCAGCGGGCAAAAGGGUGAUGACAGCAGUGAAGCCGGCAAAGAAACCUCACCUUCCUCCAAGCUCGACGAGGCCAUGGCUGCUGACUGCUACCAGAUUCUCACAGCUGUGUGUGCUUUACCCAGAGGUCCGGACCAGCUGCUGAGCAGGGGUGCCAUACCUGCUCUGUGUAAAGCAGUGGAACAAAACCAGACUUUCAGCCGCAAGAAGGGGCUUGCCUUGCUUGGUUGCCUCCUGUCAGGUAAAACCAAGGACAAAGUGUGGAGUAAACACCCUGCAGAGCUCUGCACUUUGCUGGUCAGGCUCUCCAAGGAUUUCUGCCAAGCCAAAGAUCAGACUAGGCUGGAUAUGUGUGCUCAGUUGGUGCAGUUUCUCCCCGCUGUUGGUGUGUCAAUUGAGAGUGAGGAGCUGAAGGGAGCCGUGGCCUGUGUAUGGGGGGUAUUGAGACCCAUGUUGCAGGCUAAGUUGACGCCGAGACAGAUCGGGCCUAUCCUGGUCCUCAGCGCUUGUCUAUUGGAUUUGUAUGGAUGGGAGCUGGUGGGACCUCCUAAGUUCUGCUGCUUACUUGUGAACCGGGCCUGUGUGGAGGUCAGAAUGGGGUUGGAAGAACCGCCUGGUAAUGAACUUAGUCCAGAGCUGCAGCACACUCUCACAGGCUGUUACCGAAUCAUGGAGGCUGCCAUAGAGCAGGCCUGCUGUCAGGGAGUGUCUCAGACCAGUGCACCUCCUCAGAGCUCCAUCACUUCCCUCAGUCUGCAGCAGAGCAGGCAGGUCCUCGGGGUGUUGGAGGAGGCCUUCUCCGCUUUAAUGUAUCAUCUGCAGCAGGUGGAUCCAAGUCGCUAUGGUGACCCUUUUAUCUUUGCCACAUUCCGCUCGCUGUGCUCAUGGCUGGCUGAGGAGACUUCCUGUCUGAAAGAAGAAGUGACUGGACUGUUGCCCUUUUUGAUCAGCUACUCCCGGAGCCACCUGCAGGGUGAGAGCCCAGAGCAGGGCCUCUCUGAGUGGAUGGCUGAUAUGUCUGUCAGUGAGGAGAGAGGGGCGUGGACAGGCAAAGAAGCUCUGAGGUAUCUCCUCCCAGCUCUGUGCCACCUGUCAGCAGAAGAAGGUCCCAGAAAAGUCCUGCUCACCCUGGACACCCCGGCCCUGCUGGUGGACUUUCUGUCUCAGUCCUGGUCUUCUCUCAAGGGAAAAAGUGGGAUAGCAUUGAUCAGAGAUCCUAGCAUGGAGACCGCUUGCUCAGCCCUCCUUAAUUUCACUGUCACAGAGCCCGAGAGAGUCAGGAAGGACCCAUGUUUCAGAAAGCUGGAGGUCCUUCUGGGUGAAGCCCUUCCUGUUCUGGUGCACAAACCCCAUCUGCUGGUCCUGGCAGCAAAUUACUGCACAUUGGGACUAAUGAUGGGCAGACUCAAAUCAGCCCCUUCAGGCUCAGUUGAAGCCAACCAGAGGCGCUUCUUCUCCACAGCUCUCCGCUUCCUCCACAGCGCCCUGGACUCCAGCUCCAGCCCCGGACCGGUUAAAGUGAGCCUCAGCUGGGAGGAGAGUUGGGACGAGGCCUCGGAGCUGUGGAGGUUGGGCCUGCAGGGUCUGGGAGGCUGCGUCCGUGCUCAGCCCUGGAUCACCACCCUGGUCCGAGAGGAAGGUUGGCUUAAACACACUCUCACCAUGCUGGGGCAGUGUAGUGUACUACCUGACCAGCACACACAGGGGGCGCUAGAGGAGGCUCUGUGUGCCAUGGCAGACCAAUGCCAGCUCUGUAAGCUGGAGAUUGGAGACAUGAUGAAAAAUCAUGAAGGAGCUUUAAGCUGCAUGAGGAACCUGAAGAAAUCAGUGGAAGUGAAGUGAAAUCAAACUAAGCGUGCAGAAAUAAAGGACUGAAGCCUAAAGUGUGUGUUCAUCACUCUGACAUGAAUAAUGUUACCUGUUGUCCACACUUUGUAAGAAGAGCUAACACCUCAGAUAAUGCUGCUGUGCAAAGGAAAGUAGAAAAUGAUGAAGCACAAACACAUUUUCAGUAUAAUCCAAUCUAAUGUUCAGACAGCUGUGCUCUGAAAAGACACUCUCAGUCUCAGUCAUGGUUAUUGUGAAAUGUUAAUGUCUUUAAUAAAGAGCUAUUUUGUUAGAAAACCAA